ACAAGCCACCAUUACAGAUUUUCACUACCCACGCCCGAGUGGUUCUCUCUCUCUCUCUCUUCUCUCUCACCAUUUUCAAGCUCAAUUUCUCGCAACCCUAGAAUUUAUCCACCUCUGAAUUUACCCCCAAAAUAACCAAAUUAUGUGGGGUGGUAGCGGUGGUAGUAGUGGUGGUGGUAUCUAUUGGGGACGAAAAGAGGUAUCCGACUUUAAAGGAAUUGUGGUUCUUUUCGCUUGGGUUUCGAUUCAUCACGACCACUUGAAGAACUAUGUCGAUUUAUAUGCCUCUCUCGGUUGGAAUUCUCUUGUUUGCCAUUCCCAUUUUCUCGAUGCAUUUUAUCCUGAACGAGCCAUGUCGUCAGCCUUUGUGAUUCUCAAUGAGCUUGUUGAGGAGCUAAGGAUUAAGCCAUGUCCUUUAGUUUUUUCGGCUUUUUCUGGCGGUACGAAAGCUAGCAUGUACAAGGUUUUUCAGAUUAUUGAGGGAAUAAGUGAAGGCCAGCUUUAUCCGGGUGAAUAUCGAUUGGUCAGAAAUUGUAUUUCUGGUAAUAUCUUUGAUUCCGGUCCAGUUGAUUUUACAAGUGAUUUGGGUACUCGUUAUGCACUACAUCCAACCAUUCAGAGAAUGCCUGGAUCUUCUAAACUUGCUUCUUGGGUAGUUAAAGGCAUUGCUUCUGGUUUGGAUGCUUUAUAUCUUACUAGAUUUGAAUCUCAGCGUACUGAGUAUUGGCAGGCACUAUAUUCCUCUGUUAAUUUGGGCGCACCAUUUCUCAUUUUGGGUUCUGAAAAAGAUGAUCUCGCUCCCUGUCAUAUAAUCUGCAAUUUCACUCAACGUCUACAAGAACUUGGGGGAGAUGUCAAGUUUGUGAAAAUGAAAGGUUCCUGUCACAUAGGUCACUAUAAGUAUUAUCCAAUCCAAUAUAGGGCUGCUGUGUCUGAUCUGCUGGAGAAGGCUACUUUAGUUUUUUCUCAAAAAAUGCGGCAACUGGAAGAUGAAAGAAUUUACAUGGAAGGUACGCAUGAUGAGAUAUCCCAAUUAAUCUGUGACCUACAGAAGGCAGCAGUUAACUCAAAUCAGAGUCUUAGAAGAGUUGCCCGUGGGCCUGCUGACCAUUUCUACUUGCCAAGCUCUUCUGAAUAUCAAAAUGGUAAAGAAUCCGAGCCUUUACAAGAUGAAGGGAAAGAAAAACCAGUCCAUCUACCUGCACCCCCGAGCAUUAAUGCACAUAGUGUUUUGGGCCGGCUUUUAUUUGAUGCAUGUGUCCCUAAGAAUGUUGAGGGUUGGGAUAUUAAAUUCUGUGGCUCUUUGAACCGACAACCAUUUGCUUCUGCUCGUAAACAUUCACCUUUCAUUGGCAUUAAAAGUACCCGUCGCUCCAGAUUAUAGAGUCAAAGCUUUUAGGAGGAUCUUCGUAGAGAUAGAUAGUGCAAUACAGGUUGCUUGAUCAAUCAGCUUCUGAAGAGACAAUGGCCAAAAAACACCUCUAAAAUUGCGUACAAAUUUGUUGACAUUGCAAGGCAUUGAAGAUAAGUCACAUCAACACAACACUCUGUUCCCAUUCAAAAUGCCAGUUGCUAAUGUUACUAAAUCAGACCGGACCCCUUGCCUGAAGGGUAUAGACGAAACGAUAGGUCCAUUGAUAAUGUAAUAUACAUAUGUAAACAUAAGUUUAUAUGUUUAAGAAGAUCUUAACUCUGGUGACUGAUCAGAUUCACAAGGUUUUAAUUGUAUAGGUUAUAAGGAGGACGACGGUGUCACUAAAAGCGUAGUUUUUCAUCGAUGGUUGGACAGGGUAAGAAGACGAUUGCAUGUGAAUGUAGUUAUUAGUAUUUUGGGAGAAAAUCCUCAUGAGGUAUUGAGAUUGGGGUUAGUUUUUGUUAUGAGUUAUAUGUAGUCAGUAGUCCUGUGGAUAGCUAAGACUUGUUGCUUUAUAAGUCCGGACACUAUAGUAUACCAUGUAAAUAAGACCUGAAAAUCUUUACCUCAUUUUCUUCUUUUCAGUUUUCUAUGAAUUUUAUUAUGCAAAA